AUGGAAUUGGAUAAAGAUAAUGAGAUUAAGAGGCAAUUUUUAGAAGCGGAUCAGAUUAAACCGGAUAUCAAAUCAUUGAUUCAUCCGAAUAAUAUGUAUAUGAGUAAAAUUAUUAACACGAAAGAAAUUAUGGAAAUAAGUGAGAAAGUCGA